GCUGAAUUUGAUGUCGCCGUUGCCGAGAUGAAUGGCUGGCGCACCAGCAUGGAGGAUGCGCACUUGAUUAUGCUUGGCAAUGGCUGGGGUGUGUUCGGUGUUUUCGAUGGGCAUGGUGGAGGUGCGUGUUCGGAGUUCGUUGCGCGAAGGUUGCGCGAAGAGAUCGAUGCGAACGGAUGCCCAGAGAGCGACCAGGCUGUCAAGAAGCUGUUCAUCAAGAUAGAUCAGGAGUUCCUGGACUCAGAGCAGAGCAGCGGCACCACUGCCACUAUGUGCAUUGUUCGGAAACCCAAAGAAGCAGGCGGCAAGCAUCGGCUUCAUGUUAUCAAUGCUGGCGACAGCCGAACUCUGCUGGGCAAGCGGGAUGGCAGCAUUGUGGAUGGCGGCGGCACUGACAAAGGAUUGACCACAGACCACAAGCCGGACCAUCCGACAGAGAAGGCACGGAUCGAACGCUGCGGUGGCAAGGUUGAGAUGGCAGACGGCGGGGUGGCUCGAGUCAAUGGCAACCUGUCGGUGAGCCGUGGCUUCGGGGACAAGGAUGAAAAGUCCACCGGUGGUCCAGGUCCGGAGGACCGUCCGGUCACCGUGGACCCAGAAAUGUCACACUUCGAGUGUGAUGAGUCUGACUUCCUUCUGCUGGUCUGCGAUGGUGUUUCGGAGGGAAACUUCCCCAACUCAGAAGUUGUCAAGCUGGUCGCAUCUACGCUCAGCUCUGGCAAGGACAUGCGGGAGGCCACCAGGGCUGUCUGUCACAAGGCAGUGGAGAUGGACUCGAAAGACAACAUCACCUGCAUGGGCGUACUACUGACCGGCGGAAGCUCCUCAUCGGGCAAGCGAAUCGACUUCCACCCUGGGCCCAUGACAAGCAUAGGCCACAAGGAUUUCAGGAGCGCCUACGAGGCGUCUGCAAAGCGCGCUGGUCUGUCCCUUGUUGAGGCCGUCAUGCAGCGGUACGACCUUGUUUCAGAGCAGCUCAAGGUGGCCCCGACUGACGCGCUAAAAGCUGAGCUUGACAAGAUUGGGCUCAAUCCCCCGGCCGAGGGCAGGAGAGAGUGGUUUGAGAAGAAACUUGGCGCGCUGCCGGAUGAGAAGGACUCAUCUGGGCCGGGCGGGAUGAACCUGGAGGAUCUUAAGAGCAUGAUGGGCAAGGGCCCCGGCAAGGGUGGCGGCAAAAGUGCUGGCAAGGGCGAUGGUUACGGGGCUGCUCCCACAUCGGAAGAGGAGGUCGAGACUCAAGAGGAUGGAUAUACCUGGAGCCAGAAAGGCGAGGAGGUACAAAUUGUCAUCAAGCUGCCCCAGGCUACUACGAAGAAGGACGUCAAGGUUAUGUUCAAGCAGACAACCAUCUCGGUCCUCGCCUGUGGCAAGAGUUUGCUGGAUGGCACGCUUGGCGGCAAGGUGGAGACUGACGAGUGCACGUGGUGCCUGGUCAACGGCGGCACCGAGCUGAAUGUGAUGCUGACAAAGCAGAACGAGAAAGACAGCUGGAAGGGCCUUCUGAAGUAG